AACAUAAACAACUAUGCCCUCUUUUGUGUCACACAAUUUGAGUCUUAUUUUAUGCUCUUAAUAGUAAGAAGAAAAACUCCAACCCCUCCUGUGGUAAGACCAAUUAGAAACUUUCAGAGCCUUAAUAGUCAUGUUUUGCAUCAUGAUGGCUAAGAAGGUUUUAAUUGGGUUAGAGUGGACAUGCCAUUAGCUUAGCUAUCUGAGAGUCAGAGGUUUUAGUUUGUGUGGUUGUGUUGGUUUUCACCCUCCAAAGUUUCAUCUACUAUUCACCACCCCUUCUGUGGUUCCCUUUUCCUUGUAACUAAAGAGAUGCUUCUUUGAAACCUUUAUCUAGUGGGAUUCCUAUCACAGCAUAAAAGGUUCUUCUCUGUGUCUUCUUGAUAAGAAAAGAUAAUUCAAAACCUUUUUUGCUUGCUUUCCUACACUUAUCUCACUAGCAUCAAAAUUCUUCAUUCACCAUGGAUCAGUGCAUUUUCAAGCUCAUUUCUCCAAGCUUUUCAAGCAGCAGAAAUAGAUUCCUCAGCUGAUAUCAAAAGGGUACAAGAAUUCUGAGUUCUGUUAUUGGAAUUGUUGGUCUUUUUGAAGUGGUUGUUACUUCGAGUCCAUAAUGGCUCUUCAUUACAGUCCCCACCGCUUGUUGCUUGACACAGAUUCAAGCUCAACUACACCAGGUAACAUGAACAAGACAAGAGAGUCUUUCACAGGUGAGGCAAAUUUUGACACCAACAUGGUGAUUAUCUUGGCAGCGUUGCUUUGUGCACUUAUAUGUGCUUUAGGACUCAACUCAAUUGUCCGUUGUGCUCUAAGAUGUAGCCGCAGAUUUGCUUUUGAGACACCAGAAGAGGCUGCAGCACGGUUAGCAGCAAAAGGCCUAAAGAAGAGUGCAUUGCAUCAGAUCCCUAUAGCUGUUUAUGGUUCAGGAGACAGUACUAGUAUUGUAGCCACAGAUUGUCCAAUUUGCCUUGGUGAACAGUCUUUGCUUGAGCAGCCAACCAUUUCUAGAGCUUCAACCCUGACUGUAGCUGUGGCUGCAGCUGGAGGAACCAGUCACCACCAUGUAGAGAAUGGCUUAGGAGGGCAUGAACAUGAGUCUUUAGCUGUGGCUGUGGAAGAGGUUGGCUAGUUGCCAAGUUUACCCUCUGUGGUCAGAAUUCACAAGAAAGAAGGAUUGGAUGAAUAAAUGGAGACUAGUUGUUUUUAACCUUGAAUUUGGAAGCCUUUUCAUGUUCACCAUGAAUUUGUAUGACUGUAUGAAGAACUGAGGAAAUUUAGGUAGAUAUUAGUGUGGAAAUAGUUUGGAUUAAGACCAGUCUGUGUUUUUGUGCAUGUUUUCCUUGACAUAAGAGUGUUAAAUAUUGAAUGUUUGUUGUUUGUAAAUAUAUUGAAAAGCAAGUGCUGCACAACUAGUUGGAUACUUGGAUGGCAUUUUGUCUUCCAGAAAAUAGAAGAGGGAAAAGAAAAGUCUUGUUAAUGAAUGACUAGU